AUGAAUAAACUCAAAUUAACUCCCCAGCAAAUAAAUAAGCUUUUAGAAAGAUUUACCCAACAAGAACUAGCUGAGAUUUUUGAAGUUAGUGCUAGAACCAUCAGAAAUCAAAAGAAAGAAAACAACAAACCUAAGAAAAAAAGAGGUCGCGAAGCUGAAAUAAGUGGCAAACUCCUCUUUAAUUUAUUCUACUUUCUUAUUGGUCAAGGGGGUAGAAAGAGUUAUACCCAGCAAAAGAUGGCUGACUAUCUUUCUAAAAAGGCAGAGCAGUUAAACCAUCUUCAAAAAGUAAGUAGAUUUAAAAAACUAUUUCCUUGCUUACCUCAAACCGAAAUUAUUGCUUUGGACGAAUGUGGCUUUCACUUGAACGAAACACCCCGCUAUGGUUAUGCUUAUAAGAGUUUUCGAGCCAAUUAUAGAAAGCCAAGUUACUUAGGCAAUAACCAUACUCUAAUUCUUUGUAUUCAGAAUAUAGCAAAUAAAGGAGUAAUCCAUUAUGAGUUGAUUGAGGGAGGAAUGAAAACCAAAAACUUCCAUAAUUUCCUUACUAAUCUUAAACUUCCUACUAAUGAAAAACAUUAUUUGAUAAUGGAUAAUCUAAAAGUUCAUCAUGCUAAACAGUCAUGUAUUAAACUAGGACUUACUACUAUCAAGGAAUUAUUGGCAAGUAAAAAUAUUGAACCAGUUUACUUACCUCCUUAUGACCCAGAAAUGAACUCAGUUGAAUAUUGUUUUAACCUGAUUAGGCAACAAGUAGAAAAGAAUAAACCAAGAACCUAUGAAAAGUUAAAGUCAAUAAUAGAUAAAAUUAUAGAAUUGGAUAAUUUACCUAGUUUACCAAUUCCUUCUCCUCCCGCUCCACUAAAUAAUAAACCACGUAAAAAGAAACCAAAAACGGUUAAUAAUCCUAGACCAAUAAAGUAUCAGAAAGGACGAAAACCCCCCAUUUCGAUGGCUUGUCAUUUUCCUACAAUGGCGGGCUUUGGUAAACGUUCUACUACUUCUCAAACUUUUCAUAAUUUGAAAACAUAA